GAGAAGCAGGGAGGCCGGAGAGGAGGCCCCGAGAGCCACUGCCGCCGCAGGGGCGUGGAGGGCUGGGGGCGGCCUAGCCCGCGCUUGCAGACAUGGCUCAGAGCAGGGACGGCGGGAACCCGUUCGCCGAGCCCAGCGAGCUUGACAAUCCCUUCCAGGACCCAGCUGUGAUCCAGCACCGGCCCAGCCCGCAGUAUGCCACGCUUGAUGUCUACAACCCUUUUGAGACCCGGGAGCCAUCAGCAACCUAUGAGCCUCCUGCCCCUGCCCCGUUGCCUCCACCCUCAGCACCCCCUUCACAGCCUUCGAGAAAGCUCAGCCCCACAGAACCUAAGAACUAUGGCUCUUACAACACUCAGGCCUCUGCUGCUGCAGCCGCAGCCACUGCCGAGCUCCUGAAGAAGCAGGAGGAGCUCAACCGCAAGGCCGAGGAGCUGGACCGGAGGGAGCGGGAGCUGCAGCAUGCCGCCGCCUUGGGGGGCACAGCGACUCGGCAGAACAAUUGGCCCCCACUGCCAUCCUUCUGCCCAGUGCAGCCCUGCUUCUUCCAGGACAUCUCCAUGGAGAUCCCCCAGGAGUUUCAGAAGACGGUCUCCACCAUGUACUACCUCUGGAUGUGCAGCACCGUGGCUCUGCUUCUGAACUUCCUCGCCUGCCUGGCCAGUUUCUGUGUGGAGACCAGUGGCUCGGACUUUGGGCUUUCCAUCAUCUGGGUCAUCCUCUUCACUCCCUGUUCCUUCGUCUGCUGGUACCGCCCAAUGUACAAGGCUUUCCGGAGCGACAGUUCAUUCAACUUCUUUGUUUUCUUCUUCAUCUUCUUCGUCCAGGAUGUAGUCUUUGUGCUUCAGGCCAUUGGCAUUCGAGGUUGGGGCUUCAGCGGCUGGAUCUCCGCGCUGGUGGUGCUGAAAAUCAACAAGGCUGUGGCUGUGCUCAUGCUGCUGGUCGCCCUGCUCUUCACCGGCGUCGCCGUGCUGGGGAUCGUGAUGCUAAAGCGGAUCCACUCCCUGUAUCGCCGCACAGGAGCCAGCUUUCAGAAGGCCCAGCAAGAGUUCGCAGCAGGUGUCUUUUCCAACCCUGCGGUCCGAACCGCAGCUGCCAAUGCAGCCGCCGGCGCUGCCGAAAAUGCCUUCCGGGCCCCAUGAUCCCUGACUGGGAUCCUUGGCCCUGCCACUUGGGGGAGCUAACAUAGCACCCAUCCUUGGGGUGUCUGGGACUUGGAGAGGCAUCACUGCUUGUUGUCAAUUCCCCCCAGAGCCUCUGCCCCACGGCCAUGACUGCUGAGCCCACAGGGAGCCAAUCCCAUUGCUGGCUCCCAUCCCCAUCAGGCCACACAGCUGCCCCUCCCACACCACCCUGACCCACCCACCCGAGCUUCCUUCUGCUGUGCCAAGGCUGUUGCUUCGGUUAUUUAAAUAAAAAGAAAGUAGAACUGGAA